GUACGAAGAGCAUGUGCAACCAGAACAUGCAUUUAAAGAUGUUGUUGCCGUUUUUGGGAAGGAGGGGUUUGACGCACCCUAGUCCCUAGAUUUAUUCAUAUAUCUAUUCCGUAUUAAAUUUCUAUAGCUAGAGGGAGAAUAACUCCCUGCUCGAGGCGGCGAAUUGGUGAUGGUCCAUUCCAUUUUGUCGUAGCGCCAGCUGCUGUUGCGAUAUCAUUUGGAUGAGGUUUGAAUCCUUAAUUAUUGACUGUUUUGCAAUUCUGUUUAAUUAAUGCUAUGAGCGACGAAGGAACACGAGUAUUUGGAGAAGAAAUGGGAGAAUAUGAAGAGUUGGGUAAAGGAGAAGAAAGGGACGUAGGAGAAGGAGAUGAAAUCAGAGAAAAAGGAGAAUUUGGGGUAGUAGAAGGAAUGAAAGAAUUGGGCGAAGGAGACGAAUUCACGGCGGAGAAUGGAGUAAUAGAAGGAGAAGAGUUUGUGUACGAAAAUGAAUUUGGCAAAGACGAAGCAAGCGUUUUACUGGAGAAUGACAGAGAAACGAUGUCGUCUAUGUCAGUGCCAUCAUCGAACAAACAGAUUAAGUACAUGUCAAUCGAUAGGCUGAGCGCAUUGCCUGAUGCUUUACUUAUUUGUAUUCUCUCUUUUCUCAGUACUAAGAAAGCUGCAAGGGCUAGUAUUUUGUCCAAGAGAUGGCAACAUCUCUGGACUGACUUGCCUAAGCUGAAGUUUAAGGAGAAAAGUUGCGAACGUGAGAAAAUACUCAAGACUGUGAAUAGGGUUCAUCGUACCCUUGGUAUUCGUAGAGAAAAUUAUCUGAAAUGGUUCUACAUCGAUUUCCAUUACUAUGAAUCUUUUGCCUUAGAUGUUGAUAGUUGGGUUGGAUAUGUGGUAAAACACAAGGUCAAAAAUGUCACUUUGGCGCUCAAUCCACAAGGAGUUUUGUAUAAGCUCCCUCAGAGUAUGUAUUCCAGUUCAUGCUUUACAUUUUUGAGUUUGAGAGGAUGUGAUUUGGUUCCUCAAAGAACUGUUGAUCGGAAAUAUUUGACUGUGUUAAGCCUUAAUGAUGCUAAAUUAAAUGAGCAUGUCAUCGAAAAGAUAUUAUCCGGUUGUCCUGUGAUGCAUCGCUUGAUUCUAUGCCAAUGUUGGGGACUCAGUUAUUUGAAGAUCGAUUCUCCAUGUGUUAGUGAGCUUGUGCUAAUAGACCGUGAAGAUGGCGAAGCUCAGCCUCUAUUAGAAGUCUCUGCACCAUAUGUACAGACUUUGUCCAUAUCAAUAUGUCCGACAAACGAGUGGCGGCUAACAAACAUCUCAUGUGUUACUCAUGCGGGUAUUGCUUUCAUCGGAUCUGAUUGGGAUUCCGAUUCUUAUGAGGUGAUGAGUAAUUUGGAGGAUCUAGUGGGAGUCCUUCUACAUGUCAAGUACCUUGCAUUGUCACAUAUGUGCAUUGAGGUGUUAUCAAUGUCAGUGGAGAUGUAUGACAUGCAGCUUCCAGAGUCUAGGCGAGAGAUUUUGGAAGUACAGGCCUCAGCAGAUGCAAACGUAAUUUUAGGAAUUCUAUGCCAUCUAGGCUCUAGCCAUGUAGAUAACUCACAACACAUCGAAUCCCACAAAACUCAAAAGUGAAGAUUAUGGGGUUAUGAGUUACCCCCUCUGUAUCAAAAUAAGUGUCCUGGUAAGCUUUUAACGUAGGAUGUUUUUACUUGAAUUGUAAUAUGUUGGUCCGAUCUAAACUGGUCUAGUCUGGUUUCUUUGUAUUUUUAUAACUAUCCAAGUC